CAGCAAUAGUUUUGUACUUUGAAUUUUGGUGACGUCAUGUGAAAACCAGCUAUACUACCCAGUCCCCACCAAUGUCCCCACCUUGAAAUCCUACUGAAAUCCACGGUUGAGAGAUUGGGGUCUAGUGUAAUCAUCCUAUGUCGGCCGUUAUUUCAGUCGAAGACCCCGUUGCUGGUUUAUAAAGGAAUAUAUGGGGAAACAUCUAUAGUGACAACACAGUCGAAAAAAUACCCUGAAAGGGAAUCAAGUUCAAUAUCCAGGUUAGCUUACAAAGAAAUUUGACGUAAAGCGGCCUAAAAUUUAGACGAACAAAAAUCUGGUUUGAUAAAUAUGGCGACGACGAUACGAGCGAAAGCAAACGAAUGCAAGUAUUGCGGCCAGGUGUUUGCUCAAAUAUCAGCUUAUAAGGAACAUGGACGAACUCACUCAGGGAUCAAGCCGUGUUCAUGCAAGCAUUGUAAAAAGUGUUAUAGCCGGUCACCAGAUUGCAAGCAACAUGAACGAACUCACACAGGAGAGAAGCCGUAUUCAUGCAAGCAUUGUAAAAAGUGCUUUAGCCGAUUAGCAGAUUCCAAGAGACAUGAACGAACUCACACAGGAGAGAAGCCAUAUUCAUGUAAGCAUUGUAAAAAGUGCUUUAGCACGCUGUCAAAUUGCAAGCAACAUGAACGAACUCACACAGGAGAGAAGCCGUAUUCAUGCAAGUAUUGUAAAAGGGGCUUUAGUCAGCAAUCAAAUUGCAAUAGACAUGAACGAAUUCACACAGGAGAGAAGCCGUAUUCAUGCAAGCAUUGUAAAAAGUGCUUUAGCCAGUUAUCAGAUUGUAAGCAACAUGAACGAAUUCACAUGGGAGAGAAGCCGUAUACAUGCAAGCAUUGUGGUAAGUGCUUUAGCCGAUCAUCACAGUGCAUGGUACAUGAGCGAAUUCACACAGGAGAGAAGCCUUAUUCAUGCAAACUUUGUAAAAAGUGCUUUAGCACGCUUUCAAAUUUCAAGCGACAUGAGCGAACUCACACAGGAGAGAAGCCGUAUUCAUGCAGGCAUUGUAGUAAGUGCUUUAGCCAAUCAUCAAAUUGCAAGCAGCAUGAAGAAAAACACGCAAUACAUGUAGACAGUUCGUUAAAACGCAACCAGCGUGGCCAGAACCGAAAACUUAGAAGACAUCUGGAGGAGCCAACGACUACUCAAGGUAGCAAAAAGUAUGGUAAGUUGUUUUCUUCGACUGCAGAAAAUUUAAGCCAAGUUGAAAGCCUCACCUGUUGGAUCUGUCAGGAAGAAUUUAGUAAUGAGACAUGUCUCAUCCAUCAUUACGAUGAUCAUAUGAGAUCAAAAUGACGCUUGUGUAAACCUUGCCAUUAGCUUUUGCGUCCUUGUUUAUAAUAAUGUUGGUUAGGUUAAAAGGGCUAGGUCACACAAUUAUAGGCAGUUUCAGCACUGAUCAAACGGUCAUAGAAUUAGCUAAAACGUCACAAUAACGGCUCAAAACUAUAGAAGAACUCAAACAAAACAUAGGAAAGCCAAGAAGGGACAUGGAUGGACAAAACUGGAGAGGGUUGAAAUGGAUUGCAUUUGGCUAAAUUUGAAAACCGUUGGCCCGACUUUUUUGCAAGCUUAUCUCAGUUUAAAAUCAAAAUGCAUUUCCACAGCUGGAAAAUCAUUCUCAUCUGUUAUGUGGCCGUGAUUUUGCAAAUGAAAGACUCCAGCUCUGCUAAUUUAACAUUUAGAACUCAUCAUUGACAAAAUUAAACAAAAUUACCUAAAAUAGCGUGACCUAGCCCCUUUAACCACGACAUAAAGCUUUCAAAGUCUGUUUAAGUUCGUGCUUCCAGAAUGGUGAUGAUUUUUUUUUCUUUUGAAGCACCAAAUUAAGGCAGCAGUGAAAUGGUCAAAGUACUUUAAAGCAAACGUAACCUCCAGAGAUGAAUUGUCGUACGUUUUUCCUUUUUGGCUGAAAACAAUCGAAUUUAAUUUAAAAUAUUCCAUUUGCUACUUUGCCUGUACAAAAUGUUUUUCAGGUUAUAAUAAACGUAAUGCAUAAAGGUAGAUUGAGCGGUUUUCACUUUAAUGUCGAAAAGUAAUUGAUUUCGCAUCAAGCACACUACACGAUUGGCUGAAAAAACUCGCGCCACUUUUAGCCGCCCAAUCAGAAGUAAAACCAAAACCAAUCGUGACCACUCGCACACGUUUUCUCGCGCUUCGCGCCAGCUACAUAUAAUUACUGGGAGUAGAGAUUGGUUUUCUGUACUGUCUCACUCUUUUGCGAUUGGCCAGAGUGAUUACUUUUGGUCUGGUUUACGACACUCAAUAACAAUUAAAAGCCAUUCUGUAGUGUCUUGAUCAUAACUUGUUAAUUUUCUUCAAAACUGCCGUAAACGCUUUACUUUCAAUUAGGUAUUAUUGAUCAUUUUAUCAUUUAAUAUGAGUGAUUUACAAUUCAAGAAGUAAUCGUACUCAUAAUUUUAAAUCGCCCCCGCGCUUCGCGUUCAUCCGAUUUUGAAAUUACUCGUGCAAUUACUCCCUGAAUUGUACUCCACUCGGUCCAAUUACUAUUACUAAUCAUUUAAUUAUUGCCGGGUCAGUAAAUAACAGAUGUCAUGUGAAUAGA